CGCACCGCACACAGUCGGCACGCAGCUUGUUGCCGCUCUACCUUACCGCUCAAUCAGUUCUGACUUUCUGACCCACGCGGGUUCGUCUCGGUUGGACUCCCCCAACUCCCAGGCCAUUCCUCGUGAGGAUUUUUUUUUAUUUUGAAAAAAAAGGAAAGCACCACAGACUGGUGGUGGGGAAAUUUUGCUGGGACGGGACGGGACGCGACCUCGCCGUCCUCAUCGGUCAAAGACGGAGGCGGAGGCGCCUCCUGCACCGGGUUCACGCCGCGCCGCCGAUACGGCCCGCCAGAACCGAGGUUAAGGUUGCAGGCUUGCAGCUUGGGAUUGUGAAAGAUGGGGACCUCUUCUGGCGCGAAUUUCCAUCAGCAACCUCCUUCGACCCAGGGGAUGUUGCCACCAAGGCAUGGUCCUCGCCCCUCAGGGUUGCAGACCUCACUCUCGCUGGCCUCUUCGGAGCAGGUUGGCUCGCCUGACAUGCAGGAGCCUGGUUCAAACUCGGACCCAGGGCAUGACUCUGCCACUGAGAGCGCCAGUUCCAAAGACACAUGGCCUGCUGAGCCGAACCAGAGCAAUGGUGGGGUAGCUGCCAGUGGUGUCGUGAGUAAGGCGGCGGAGAAGGAGAAGGAGGUGGCGAAUGGUGUAUCCAAGCUGCAGGUUAUCCGCGGACCCUCCUCUCGUGUGGGUGGGAUGCUUCUGCGGGAGGUUGCACGGGAGAGGGUUGAUCUGGUUGCUGAGAAGAUGAAGGUGAUGCCGGAGGAGCACCUGGAGGAGGUCAAGAAUGAGCUCAGGUCGAUUCUGGAGGGCACUGGAGGUUCUCACCACAUCGAGGAGUUCUUGUACUUGCAGAAGCUUGUCCAGGACAGGGAUGAUUUGACACCAUCCAUGCUUUCAGUGGCGCACCAUGUGCAGCUUGAGAUCCUUGUUGCAAUCAAGACUGGGAUACAGGCCUUUCUGCACCCCAGCGUUACCAUUCCACACAAUCGCUUGGUGGAGGUUUUCUUGUACAAGCGGUGCCGGAACAUUGCUUGCCAGAGUGCUCUCCCUGCUGAGGAGUGCAGAUGCAAUGUGUGUGCUAGCAGGAAUGGCUUUUGCAACCUGUGCAUGUGUGUCAUCUGUAACAAGUUUGAUUUUGAGGUCAAUACAUGCCGUUGGAUUGGUUGUGAUUUCUGCUCUCACUGGACACAUACAGAUUGUGCAAUUCACAAUGGCCAGAUAGGAAUGGGACAAUCAGUGAAAAGCAGCAUUGGUCAUGCUGAAAUGCUUUUUAGGUGCCGAGCUUGCCAGAGGACCUCAGAGCUGCUGGGUUGGGUUAAGGAUGUCUUCCAACAAUGUGCUCCUGGUUGGGAUAGGGAUGCUUUGUUACGUGAGCUUGAGUUUGUUUGUAAGAUAUUCCGUUUAAGUGAGGAUACAAAAGGGAGAGUGUUGUUCAGGAAAUGUCUAGAUCUGAUUGAAAGGCUGAGGAACGCUCCGGCUGAUUCCAUCAAUCCUAGGGUGAUACUACAAGCACUCCAAGAGCUUGAGAUGGACUCCCCCAAGAUCUCCGAAAAUGAAGAUGUUGGGCAUCUAAUCACACCCCAGGAAGCUUGCAACCGUAUAGCAGAGGUAGUCCAAGAGGCUGUGAGAAAGAUGGAGCUCGUCGCUGAAGAAAAGAUGCGACUUUACAAGAAGGCCCGUCUUGCUGUGGAGGCCUGUGACCGAGAGCUGGAGGAGAAGGUUAGGGAAGCCCAGGAGCUGAAGGCGGAGCGUCUGCGCAAGAAGCAGCAGGUGGAGGAGCUGGAGAGCAUCGUGCGGUUGAAGCAGGCAGAAGCGGAGAUGUUCCAGCUGAAGGCGAAUGAGGCCCGGCAGGAGGCGGAGCGGCUACAGAGCAUCGCGCUCACCAAGUCCAAGACAGCCGAGCAGGACUAUGCCAGCAUGUACCUGAAGCGGCGCCUGGAGGAGGCAGAGGCAGAGAAACAGUUCCUUUUUGAGAAGAUCAAGCUGCAGGAGAACCAGAGGCCAGCCGUGGGUGUGGGCAGCAGCAGUGGUGCUGGAGGUGACUCCGCACAGACGAUGAUGCUAUCCAAGAUUCAGGACCUGCUCAAGAACGUCCGCAGCAAGCCAGCGAAGUCGGAGGGUCACUAGUUGGAAUAAGAGCUGCUGCUGAGAUUUUCGGUAAUUAUAUAUACGUGUGUUCCACUGAUUUGUUCGAGUAGAGGUGUAACGAAUUGUGUGGUGCUUUGAGAAAUUUGGAUCCCUUCACGUUACUGUCGCUAGGCGUCUUGAUGCUUUUGAGUACUCUUGUAGGCUUAUAUACACGUAUCUGUUGUUGCAGGUGGCCACAGUGUGCUUCAAACAAUGUUUUUUUUUUGACAAGUGCUUCAAACAAUGUUAAUGUUACAUCGUUAGGCACGAAGCAACCACCAGUUGUGUCUCUCUUUAUAUCUACAUAUAUAUACAAAUACAAACAUGCAUUUGUAACGGAACCCUUGACCAAACACGGUAUGUUUGGUGAGUACUCCGUAUGUAUUGAUCUUUGUCCGAUGCUUA